UUUCUUGGCCCGUAAAUACGUUUGUCAAAUAGUUUCCGUUCAAUAACAAACAUAUUUACAAUGGAAAGAGCAAGUUCAUCAUCAAGAGAUUCAGAAAAUUCAUCAUCAAGUGAUUUAGAAAGUUCAUCAUCAAAUGAUGCAGAAAACUCAUCAGACAGUGAUUCGGAAACCUCGUCAACAGAACAGAAAGGCAAGUGCAUUGAUUCCAAGAGAAAGAGGGGUUUUUCUUCUUUUUCUAAGUCUAAGGCAAAUAAAAAGAAACCGAAAACCGUACAAAAACCUACUGCCGGAAAGUGCUUUACUUAUGUGGGAAAAACUCGACAAAAAAAAAAGGAUCCUAGUUUUGGUGAUGCCCUUCCACAUUGUUCAUCAUCCCUCAAACAGCCACCAUUUGUUUCACCGUCUAACAGUGCAGCACAUGAUUCACUGUUUGAUGAUGUGCCAUCAGUCAUCAGCCCAGAAGCUCUUGACGACCUUAGGAGACAGGUUCAAAAUGACUUAGAUAGCAUGCAGAUUAGACGACAUCAAACAUGGCAAGAACGGCAAGCAAUAGCUGCAUGGGGACGGCAUGAUAGAAGAAGAAUUUUCACAGAAUAUGUUUCAAGACAGCCACUGUAUCAUUCAAAAUGUGACCAGUGUCACGAGGACCUCGACCAUUGCUCUGUAAGAUGUAUGACCUGCAAGAAACAUCUUUGUUAUCAAUGUGAUACAAACACUCACUCUGGUAUGCCAUUUCAUCGACGGCUAUUCUGUUCUUGCGACCGCUUGGAAAUAUUACAACCAGAUCAUUUUAUCGAUGCAGAGGGAAACAUUAUAACAAAAGAUGUCUGCGUCCCAUGCUUCGUACCUCAUAAAUGCUGCGAUAUGAGCUGCCAUGGAUCGAUGUCACUUAUUCCCAAUAUUACAGAAUCAAUCGUGGUUGUCACUGAGCAAGGUCGAUUUGUUUUAAAGGGGGCAACUUUCGUUUGCGAUACUUGUAAUUCUCUAACGAAAGCAACAAUCGAUGAUUAUGUAUUUUCUGGGUUUUUCCCGGCAAGUUUAUCGGAAACGGUAACAUACCUGUUUUCAGAAGAGGCACUUCUUCUAUGCCACCACAUUUCCCACAAAUGUCCAGGUUCUUCGAAGAACAUGUACGCUCACACUCUUGAAGAAGUAUCUAAGGAAUAUGGACGGACUGGACCAAUCAAUAUACCAUUGUUCACUACUGCGGAAAGAGAGUGGGAAACAUGUCGCCACUACAUUGACCAGGAAGUAUUUAAAAGGAACAAAAUUGAUUGCCCCAGUUGCGGAACAAAACCUUUAGUGAGAUCAUCUGAUGCUAUCAUUAAGCUGAGGCGUUUGGCCUCUGCCGGAAAAGCGAGGAAACCAGAAAAUGAAAGAGUAAUGGACGAUGUAGAAUCCAGGUUCGAGAAUUUAGUAAUCAAGUCGGAUGUUGAAGUUGAAAGUUUUCGUCAAAGGAUUUACAACAAAGUUCAAACAUCGAAAAAGAAAAACAUGUGUGGGGGAUCGGCUUUUAAAGCUGCAAGAGAAGAUUCCAAUGAAAAUAAAAAAUAUGACGAGACUGGGCUCGUCGUUAGCUCUUGCAAGCACUGUAUAGUGCCAUAUGCCAUCAAUAUGUUUAAAGGUGAAUCGUGGACACAUACGGCAUUUAUGCAUUACGAAGCUUGGAAGAGUCAGGCUACAUUCUUUUGCUACGAUGUUGUGUGUCAAUAUUGGAAAUGGAUGCAUCAAAAAGUUGGUCCGGAAUUUCCAGAAUAUAUGAUGCUAACAAAAGAAAUGACAGGAAUUUUGCCGAUAAUGCAUCAAAUGGCACAUCAAUUACCUUGCCAGGUGCUUUGGAAUCCCCGAUGGACAAAAGGACUUGGAUUAACCGGAGGAGAGGAGCACGAGCAAGUAUUCUCAAAACUGUAUCUUUAUGCUUAUGUUCUCAAGCAUAUGUCAAAAAUUAACAGGGCGGAUUUUCUAACAUUAGCCAUCCUCUAUUGGAACUGGAAUAAAAUUCAGAACAUGCCAUUCCUCUUACGCAACAAAUUACAGAGAGCUAGGAAGGAAAUCAGAAAAGGCGUAACAAAAGUUGAAGAAUUGUUACAGUCAUACAACCUUGAAAAUGGUGAUCUCCCAUUGAUUCACAAGGAACUGGAAAGAAAAGCUAUAGAAAUCAUUGACCAACGAAGAACAAAGACUACUCCGAUUGAUAAAUUAAGAAGAAUGCUGGAAGGAUUUUAUGUUCAGCUGAAAACGGUUCGCAUAAAAAUCUCUAAAGAAGCAGAAAAUUCGAAGGCUCGGACAAAGUUUAGGCGAAUUUUAAUUGAAACUAAGAAAAAAGUUUUACAGACAAUUGACCUUUUAAAAUCAAAGGAUAAAGACCUACCAAUCUCUUACGAGGAUUUCAAUCAAGGUAUUUUUCCUUGGGAAGCAGUCAUAAAUGAAAACGACACUAACUUUCCAACACUUUCGUAUGCCGAUAAAUAUCAUGUUGUUGAUUGUUGGAUGCUUUUGCAAAGAGCAAAGGAGGAAGUUGAACUAACUAAGAUUGAAAUGAUAAACUACAUUCGAUUCUUGACUGACAAGCGAUCAUCGUUAAAACAAUUAACACAUUCUGAGGAAGCGGACGAAACAUUUUGUAAAGGAAAAGCAGUCAUGGCCCAUUCCGAAAUUGAGCGUCUGAAUUUACAAAUUCAACUUUCUCUAAAAAUAUUUAAUUUGAAUUGUAACAACGAUUUUUCGAAUUUCGUACGUGAAACUAAUUCAAAUUCUGGAACAGAAUUUGAAUUUGAAACAUCUGAUGAGGAAACUGACAAUUCUUACACAAAAUUUGAAUUUUCUGAUGAGGAGACUGAAACACAUUCUAGUGACUCUGAUGAUUAUUAAAUAAACGUAAAAAAUACAAACUUAA